AUGGUAGGGAUUAACUAUGCGACGGACACAAACAAUCUCGUGCCUGAACGCUCAAUUAACAUUUCAUUUUUGGUGAUUUACACCAUUACAUUGUCACUUUUGCUCAGCACAUCCUAUAAGACACUCAAACUCAAGGAGAACAGAUCAGUUCAAACUGUUUUCACUAUAAUUUUCAUAAUGUUAACUCUAUUAAUCAGGAUUGUAGUGUUUAUCUAUAACUUGGCAGUUGGAGAUACUAAUAGUCAAGAUUUUUAUAUGAGAGAUCAAAUAAUGAACUACUUUUACUUCGACAUCCCAUUCGAUUUCAUCAUUACAGCUUCGAUAGUUUAAUUCUUUAAUUGGCUAUAAUUUUGCAUGUUUAUUUACAAAGAAGGGGAGGAAGCUUAGCUAGUUUACAAAUAAAUAAGAUAUAAGAUAUUGCUGCUAGUAAGUGUGAUUAUCUCACUGAUAGCUUUAAUGCUCAAGCUUAUUGCAGUCAUAAUGGCUCCUGAAUACGGGUUGACUUUCCUAGAAUGCAAACUUUCACUGAUCUUUACUAUUUACAUAUUCUUUCUGUGUGCGAGACUGUAUCUGUAUGCGGAUAUCAAGAAACUAAAGCAAAUAUUCUCGAAUCCAACUAUCUAUGGAGUGAUACCGUUCUAUCUCUCUGAGAUAAUUAUUACUAUUGCUAUAAGUUAUGUAUUAUUUGCUGUUAGCAGAAUGGAACGUAACUCCAAAACUCUUACUGAUAGAAAAUCACGUUACAUAGAUACAGAUGAUGUUCUGUUACAGCAUAACUUACUUAACUACAGUUUGAAGGAAAGUGGCUUUGGAAACAUCAAUAAGAGCAUGAAUGAGACAAUUUUGAAGCAUCCAAACUAAGUAAUGAGCGAGGGGAACAACCCAUCAUUCAUCAAAGACAGUAUUAUAGCUUAGCGAUUUGAGGGUUCUGACAGCUACCGAGGGGAGAAAGCAACUGGUCAAAUCGAUGGAUCCAAAGAAUAUGAAAACUUUGAACCGAAGACUAUUGAGAUCUUGGAUGAUGACGAAGUAGAUCUGAAUUAGUCAGACAGCUCCAACGACCUCUACUCAGAUUCCUACAAUAGAGGCAAGAGCAACAAAAACGCUAGAAAACUUAGCUAGGGUUAUAAUCAAGGCUAUUUGAUGCAGCCUUACGAUGCUCCACUUCUUAGUCCUAAAAGCGUGUAUAGAGAAAGUCUGGCCAAUUACUAUAAUAACAUGGGUAGUGUUAAGUAUUAACUUAACAGUCAUGAGCAGAGUAAAGCAAGUGAGUUCAAUAAAUUUAGUAGAUAUCAGGAGUCAGGCUCCAAUGCUGGCAGUCAUUACUAGUAUGAAAGUAAAAGCAGCAACUAGAGUAAAACGAAUGAAAUCGGGCAAGACUUUAAAAGCAAAAUAAAGCAAACUGUAGCUGCUCCAGACUAGAGCAGCAAUGUAAAUAAUCAGAGCAAUCAAAUCAAUACGGGGAGCAAUCAGAAUGCUUCUCUUAGUCCUGUCGGUGGUCAGGGACUAUCAUCUAAUAAUCAAAAUAAUAUUCAUAUCAUUUGA